CUCUUCCUGCGUUUGUGUGAGUGGGUUGUUUAUCAAUCACUGCACAUCAAUGGACCGGACACGAUAGUUUGUAUGUUUAUCGUGUCACUUAAAGAAAAGCUGAACUAAUGAGGCCCAGUCUUAAUGGUGACAAGACGAAGAUGAAAUCUACCAGUAACAAAGCAGUGAAGAAGGAGCAGAGUCAACACGAUGCUAACAUAGUUAAGACUGAGAAUGAACUCGGGAUGGACAGUGAGGAGGAGGAGGAGGAGGAGGAAGGACACGGUCUCAACAUCCACGUGAAGGAGGAGCCACUGUCACAGGACAUUUGUGAAGAGCCAGCACUGAGCUGUGUGGACAGCAAGCCUGACCCACUGACAUGCUGCUCAGACGCACGUGUAAAGCAAGAGAGAGACUCUGACCUUCAGCCACUGGAUGAAUAUGACAGUGGAAGUGGCAUCAAGGAGGAGGAGGAGGAGGAGUCGGAGUCAUGGAUCAAAGAGGAGAGGAACAGUGAGGUGGAGGCAGCAGAGGAGCCUGACACCAUCCAGGAGGAUUAUGAGGAGGGAGAGGAGGACUGUGCAGAAUCAUCAUCUGAGUUCUUUCCAUGUCCUCACUGUACUGUCUCCUUCACUGACCUGGAGUUCUUGGAGAAGCAUGUGAAAUGGGUCCAUCAGAAACAGUAUCUGGACAACUUGAAAAAUUGCCUUUCAAGCCGCACACUGAGCCUCAUCCCCAAACACAAGUGCACUAUCUGCAGCAGCUCCUUUAACUCUAAAGUCAAACUGAAGGCUCAUGUAGGUGAAGCUCAUCCCUCUGAGCCUCCUCGCAGGCUGCACACCUGUCCAUGCUGUGCACGCAGCUUCCAGUACCUGAAGAACCUGAAGAACCACUGUCAGCGUUGGCACAGCAUGUCUGUGGUCACCAGAGGAGGACACCUGAGCUGCGCUGACUGUGGGAAGAGUUUCAAAGCUACCUGGGGUCAAGGGCCUCAUUUGUGUCACGAGCCAGUAAACACGGAACCAGAAGAUAAGCCCAUCUGUCUGGACACUGGUGUGCAGUGUCUAGAGUGUGGCAAGAAGGUGCGCACCCCUCAAAGCCUGGAGAUCCACAUGCGCACCCACACAGGCGACAGGCCGUUCAUCUGCAAAGACUGCGGCAAGAGGUUUGUGGAGCGCAGCGGCUGGCGGCAGCACAUGAGAAUACACAGUGGGGAGAAGCCAUUCAAAUGUGAGGUGUGCGAGAAAGCCUUCUUAAGAUCGCACCACCUCAAGUGCCACUUGACCACACACUUCGGCAAGAAGGAAUACUCGUGCACCGAGUGUGGGAAGGAGUUUGGAUUCAAGUCGAGUCUGGAUCUCCACCUGAGGACGCAUUCCGACGAGAGACCCUUCCACUGCAACGUGUGCGGGAAGAAGUUCAACACUCAGAGAAACCUGAGGGUCCACACCAAAGUCCACAACAGCGUCAAAGCUCACCAGUGCGGGGACUGCGGUCUGAAGAUCGGAGAUAUCGGGGCUUUGAAAAUACACCUGCGGACUCACACCGGAGAGAGGCCCUACCACUGCACGGUCUGUGGAAGCAGAUUUAUCCGACUCGCACAUUUGCGAAACCACCAGCGCACCCACACCGGCGAGCGACCCUACAAAUGCACCGAGUGCGACAAGAGCUUCACUCAGUCCGGGGAUCUGAUCAAGCACAAACGGAUUCACUCCGGGGAGAAGCCCUUCGAAUGUCCAGAUUGCCACCGACGCUACACUUCCUCUGGUGACCUGGGCAAGCACAGGAGGACUCACACUAACCUACGACCCUACACGUGUCAGGAAUGUGGCAAAAGCUUCCGUUUGUCAGGCCAUUUGAAAACUCACAUGUUAACUCACACGGGGGAGAAGCCGUACUCCUGCCCCAACUGCCUCCGCAGGUUUGCCCGCUCUCACCAUCUUUCUGGACACGUGGCUAAAUGUCGCUAAAUUAGCUUUUCGUUGUUAAGAGAUUGUAAAUAAACGUAUUUAAUGUAAUUAUGCAAACUACUUGGAGCAGGGGUCUCAAACUCAAAGGAUCUGGGGUCCAAUGAGUGUCCAGUCUGGUCAGGCAGGGGCCAGUCAAGUGACAAAUGGAAAUUCUUAAAAAGCAACUGUUAUUAUGAGCACAGAAUUAUGUUCCAUAUUCCAUGUCUGGUUGCUUUUUGCACUUUUGGAGGACAUAUUUUUAUGACACUCCCUCAAACAACCAUCCAUUGCCUACUCCUGCUUUAUCCUCACUGUUGCAAAAACUCAGACAUCAGCUCUGCCACGAUGAACGUCUAAAAUAACACUAUCACUGCCUUAGGCUUGUUGCCAGUACCUGAUUAGGAUGUUUGUGUAUA